AUGAGGAACAAUGAGCUGAGAGGAGCUUAUUUGGAGAACAGUUCGGAUACUGAAAGUAUAACAAGCGAAAGGUCAGAGUUUAGUGGACCAUUGAGUAUAAAUGGUGGUUAUGUUUCAAACAAAAAAGGUUCUAUAAAGAGUGCAAGAUUCAAUCUCCCACCUGAAAUCACCAUGGCCAAGCUCAACUCCACCGACGCCGCUGUGGUUGAGGAAGACGACGACGAGUUUGUGGAAAUCACCCUGGAUAUCCGCGACGAUUCCGUGGUUGUUCACAGCGUUCACGGUGCCGCCGGCGGUGUAAAUGAAGACCCCGAGUUAGCGUUGCUAGCUAAGAGAACCCGCACAUCGACUCGAAUCAAACACGUUUCUCAGGAAUUGAAACGCGCGGUCUCGAGACGAUCUUCGGACAGGAGAUUGAAUCGGUCGAAAUCCGCAGCAGCUCAUGCAUUGAAGGGACUCAAGUUCAUCACUGCCAAAACAGAAGCGUCCGCAAAUGGAUGGUCUGCUGUCUUGAAACGGUUCGAUGAUUUAACUUCCUCGACUAAUGGCCUUCUCCAUCGUUCCCAAUUCGCUGAAUGCAUUGGGAUGAACCAAUCUAAAGAAUUCGCUAGUGACCUGUUUGAAGCACUAGCUCGACGACAUAAUGUAAACGGAAGCUCGAUUCAUAAAAUACAGCUCAAACGGUUUUGGGAUCAGAUUUCUAGCGAAAGCUUCGACUCUAGACUCCAAACUUUCUUUGACAUGGUGGACAAAGAUGCUGAUGGAAGAAUCACUGAAGAAGAAGUCAAGGAGAUUAUCAGUAUCAGUGCUUCUGCAAACAAACUUGCUAAUAUUCAGAAACAGGCUGAAGAAUAUGCAGCUUUGAUCAUGGAAGAAUUGGAUCCUGAUAAUGUUGGAUACAUCAUGAUUUACAAUCUGGAAACUCUUUUAUUACAAGCUCCAAAUCAAUCUGUCAGGAUUGGUGACAGUCGUGUUUUGAGUCAAAUGUUAAGCCAGAAACUUAAACCUACUCAAGAGCACAAUCCGUUAAAGCGGUUGUAUCAGAAGGUUAAGUAUUUCUUAACGGAUAACUGGCAAAGGGUCUGGGUUAUGAUGUUGUGGCUAGGCAUCGUCAGCGGUUUGUUCGCUUAUAAGUUCGUGCAGUACCAGAAUAAGGCCGUGUUUGAUGUGAUGGGCUACUGUGUUUGCAUCGCGAAACGUGGUGCCGAGACUCUUAAGUUCAACAUGGCUUUAAUAUUGCUACCGAUGUGCCGGAACACCAUCACUUGGCUUCGGAACGAGACUAAGUUGGACAUUGUGGUUCCUUUCGAUGACAACCUGAAUUUCCACAAGGUUAUUGCGGUCGGGAUCACUGUCGGGGUGAUCCUACACGGCGGUGCGCAUUUGACCUGCGAUUUCCCCCGGCUUCUCCAUGCAACCGAAGAAGAAUAUGGGCCUAUGGAACCUUUCUUUGGAGAGAAGCAACCCGAAAACUACUGGUGGUUUGUGAGGGGAGUGGAAGGUGUGACAGGCAUUAUAAUGGUGGUGUUAAUGGCCAUAACCUUCACAUUAGCCACUCCUUGGUUCAGACGCAACAAGCUCAACCUUCCCAAGUUCCUUAAGAAGCUCACCGGAUUCAACACGUUUUGGUACUCGCAUCAUCUUUUCGUUAUUGUUUAUGUUCUCCUCAUAGUUCAUGGCAUUUACCUCUACCUCACCGAUAAAUGGUAUCAGAAAACAACAUGGAUGUAUCUAGCAGUACCAAUUACUCUUUACGCAUGCGAAAGGUUGAUCCGAGCUUUAAGAUCGAGUAUCAAGGAUGUUAAAAUUCUCAAGGUCGCUGUUUAUCCUGGAAAUGUACUGUCACUGCACAUGUCAAAGCCCCAAGGAUUCAAAUACAAAAGUGGGCAAUAUAUGUUUGUCAACUGUUCUGCAGUCUCUCCAUUUGAGUGGCAUCCAUUCUCGAUCACUUCAGCACCAGGAGACGCCUACCUUAGCAUUCAUAUUAGAACUCUAGGUGAUUGGACUAGGCAGCUCAAAACUGUUUUCUCUCAGGUCUGUCAACCUCCAGCUUCAGGGAAGAGCGGAUUGCUCAGGGCCGAAGGAGCCAACACUUGGUAUUUUCCCAAGAUUUUGAUAGAUGGUCCAUACGGAGCACCAGCACAAGACUACAUGAAGUACGAUGUGCUCCUCCUCGUGGGGCUCGGAAUCGGUGCCACGCCAAUGAUCAGCAUUGUAAAAGACAUCAUCAACAACAUGAAAGUGAAAGAGGAUUCGAUUCCGGGAUCCGCAAUGGAGAACGGGAGUUACAAAAAUAAAACCAACAAGACCAACAAAGGGUUCAAGACGAGAAAAGCCUACUUCUAUUGGGUGACAAGGGAGCAAGGCUCGUUCGAGUGGUUCAAAGGUAUAAUGAACGAAGUUGCCGAGAUGGACGAAAAGAAGGUGAUCGAGCUCCACAACUAUUGCACCAGUGUGUACGAAGAAGGAGACGCUCGAUCGGCUCUCAUCGCCAUGCUUCAAUCGCUUCACCAUGCCAAGAACGGCGUCGAUGUCGUCUCGGGAACUCGAGUCAAAUCGCACUUUGCGAAACCUGAUUGGCGUCAAGUUUACAAGAAGAUCGCUCUUCAUCAUCCAGACGCGAGAAUUGGAGUUUUCUACUGUGGGGCACCAGCACUGACCAAGGAGCUAAGGCGUUUAGCUUUGGAUUUUUCGCACAAGACAUCCACCAAGUUCGAAUUUCAUAAAGAGAACUUUUAACAAAA